AAAAAAAAAAAAAAAGUUUGAUUAGCAUCUCCAAGAGUUUUUCCGAGAGUUUUAAGUGACAUUUUGAUUUUGAUAUCUUCUACAUUGUCAGAAAUGGUUCAAGAAAACUUGUUUGAUCAUCACAGAUACUAGGAAUCAUGAAAUUCUUGACUUGUAUCGCCAAUCAACUUGCUCUUGUUGCUCAACAGUCCUCAAUUAUGAUACCGGUAUUUCGCAUCACUUCAAAAGAGACAUACCAAUCUAUGAUCCCAACAAAAUAGAGGCCGGUUUUGGGCUCCUAAAUGAACCAAUUCCAUUGUUUUCAAGGUAAAAAAUUUCCAUCGAAAGGCUUCUAUACUCGUUUCUCCAACUCCUGCAGAAUCUAAAGAAGGCCCUCAAACGACAUCGUUGCGUUCUAUACAUAACACAUGUCUGUUACUAUUAGUAUAUAAGAAUUCAUAGCUGCAACUAACCAUAUAUCCAUCCCUCCAAAGUUUAGAAGGACGUUCUGUCAUUGCUACUCUAGUUCUUGAAGAUAAGGGUUUGUGGCGAGAGAAUUGUGGAAGAAAACAAUGGGAUCGACAUCGACCAAGAUAAAGUUGAGGACCUCCGACCAAAAGGUUUUUGAGGUGGAGAAAGCGGUUGCAGUCCAGUCUCAGACGAUCAAAUACAUUUACGAAAAUGGUUGCCCCGACAGCGUCAUCCAUGUCCAUAGCGUCUCCGGCGACAUCUUAUCCAAGAUUCUCGACUACUGCAAGAAGCACGUAAAUUCCGCCGCUGGCAAGGAAGACAUUUCCCCUGAGGAACUCUACGAAUGGGAUGCUAAUUUUGUCAAGGUUGACCAAAACACCCUCUUCGACCUCAUCCUGGCGGCCAACUGUUUGAAAAUAGAGAGCUUGUUGGACUUGACAUGCCAAACUGUUGCCAACAUGAUAAAGGGGAAGAGACCUGAGGAGAUUCGCACUACCUUCAACAUCAAGAACGAUUACACCAUUGAGGCAGAAGAGGCUGUUAGGAGGGAGAACAAAUGGGCAUUCGACAUGCUUGGGGGUGUUGGAACCAUGGUUAUAGAAGAGUUGGCCGAUGAUACGAUGAGCAAGUGCGUUACAAAUGCAAAGUCACGAGUAUGUGUAAUUGCGGCAAAUCAGAUUGUUAUGAUGAGGUCAAUUUCAAAGCUUGCAAACAAGAAAAGCAUUGAUGUAUAUAAGCAACCACAAAAUCCCACAACACCAAGGAUUAAGGAAAGCGUCAAGCAGAUAAAUGUUGGAACUGGUUUUAUUGAACUCUUCUUUCAUUUCAAAUGCAAAAUGUGACCCAUAUUAUGAACCAAGUCCUGAGGCUAACAUCAAGGACUCUUAAUUUUUCUUGGCAGUUCAUUUAUUCCAGAAAGCCAGGAAUCAGAUUAUAUAUAGUGCUCGAAAACAAGUUUGAAACCCUAUCAUCAAUUUCUCUACACACAACACUUUCAUGACGCUAUCAAGGUAUCUAAAUA